GUCAAGGGGGUUGCUUGCGGCGUCGUCAUCCCCAACUAUACAAACGGCCUUAUCCGCCAAUGUUCGCGCAAGUGUCGGAGGAUCGUGCACCAUAUCGUACGCACUUAAAUGACGUGAUAACGAAUGUGGCAUGAGAACAUCCGGCCAUGCCCAUGACUAUUAAUUGCUUCAGCCUUGCUACGAGUACGCCUACACUGAUAUAGGUAAAGACAUCCGCCGAUGUCGGCAUUUUAACUUUCACUUAUGCUGCACUGACCAGCAGAUUAGAAAGGAAAACAUGUCGUAUUUUGUAACAACAUUCGUACUACCAUUGUCAAACGGACUCUGAGAGGGAACGGACGCGGAAAUGGAAGAUCAAAUCGAAAGGCAGCGGACUCACCUUCAGCGGAGGAAAAUCUCUGCUGCAAUCAAGCUGGAACGGAUACAACGUUUUGUUGGAGAAGAAGCAGUCAAAGUGGAAGUUAUUGAGGAAUUGGAACGAGAAUAUGACACAACUCAGAGGCAGUUAAAGGAAUUGGAAAUUAGUAGUGAAGCUAGAAGAAGGCGUGAAAUUCAAACUCUGCGUCGUUUCGGUGUGUUAGAUAGUGCGCUCUCCGGAAUUCGUUACAGCUUACCUGAUAUCGAGAUUAGCCGCAUUCGAAACCACUCUUCCGUGGCCAAUAAUCAGUCGGAAGGGGCUGCCAGUGAGGAAGAAGAAGUGGUGGAUGAAGCUGACGAAGAGGAAGAUCCUUACCGAAAGAAAAAAAGCUGGAAAGCUUUAGGAUGGCUGUCUGCGUCUCCUAUUUUCUUUCGACCAAGAAGUAGAAGUGAAACCACCAGUCGAAAAUAUCGUGCCAUGUCAGCCGGAGUAGUGCCCAAUCCGUCAUCCACAACGGUUCUAAGUUUAAGGCGACUUUACACGGGUCGAUCAGAAUUUUACGAUGUCGAAGACGAGGUCGUGGAGCCAGCCAACAAUGUUAAAAAUCGCAAUCCAGAUCAGGAUACAGAAGAUGAUGUUCCACCGAGGAGACCAUCAGCAGUACUCAUCAAUCAAAGAACGCUAGAUGAAAUCAAACGUUUUGAAAACCUUAUCAAAAACUAUUUCCUUAAAAAACAACACAAGCGAUAUUGAUGCCCUGAUUUCCACCGUUAGCUAGUCAAAUCAGGGGAUUAGUUAAGUAAGACAGACAAAUAUUUUACACGCGUGUAGCAUAGUUUCUAGAAAUGACACUUCAUUUUCAUCAACAGCCAUUUUGUUACAAACAUCUACGUAUUAUGGAGGAUAUUUAUAGAAUGAACACUAGAUGGCAACGUAAGUGGAACGUGUUUAGUGUUUAUUUCGAUUUAUUUCGAACCGGUGAAAGUGUUUCUUGAAAAAUAAUAGAUUAGUUGCAGCAACUUCAUAUUCAAAUCAGAGACAGAGAUUGAUAAGGCUAGCCUAGCCUUAAUACUUACAUGUUUAAAACCAAAGAUUUGUUUUAGUGUAAAAAAUAACAUGAAUAAACCAGUAGUCAUUCA